GCAGGCGCUGUGGGAGGGAACGCCAGAGCGAGGCUGUGAGGAGAGCUGCUCGCGUGAGGUGCUGCGGCUGAGCUUCAGGUGUGAGAGGCAGCGGCGGCCUGGCUGAGAGCGAAGGGGCGAGUGCGAGCCCCUGACCUGUGAGCGCGGUCACCAUGGACCGCCAGGAUGAGGGGCCUCCGGCCAAGGCCCGCCGCCUGAGUAGCUCAGAGCCGUCUCAGCACGACCAGCUGCCGCCGCCGCCUCCGCCGCCUCCGCCGCCGCUCCUGCGACUGCCCCUACCUCCACCCGAGCAGCGCCCGAGGCUCCGGGAGGAAACCGAGGCGGCACAGGUGCUGGCUGACAUGAGGGGGGUGGGCCUGGGCCCCGCUCUGCCCCCACCGCCGCCCUAUGUCAUUCUGGAGGAGGGAGGGAUCCGUGCGUACUUCACCCUGGGUGCUGGGAGUCCCGGCUGGGAGCCUGCGAUGGAGUCAGGGUAUGGGGGGGCGCCCCCUCCCACGGAGAGCCUAGAAACCUUCUCUCCUUCGGAGGCUUCUGGGGGAAGUCUGGAAAUUGACUUUCAGGUUAUAGAGCCCAGCAGUUUUGCCGGAGAGAAGGCCCUAGAAACCUGUAGCGCAGGGGAGUGGGGGUACCAGAGGUUAGCCGGUCCGAGGGGGAAGGAAGAGGCUAUCAUCAUAGUGGAAGAUGACGACGAGGAUGAAAAGGAGAGUGUGAGGAAGAGGAGGAGGAGGAGGAAGAGGAAGCAGAGGAAGAUGAAGAAGGAAAGCAAGGAGAGGAAUGCCGAGAAGAUAGAGUGCAUCCUGCAGGCACUGGAAAACAUUCAACUGGACCUGGAGGCGGUGAACAUCAAGGCAGGCAAGGCCUUCCUCCGUCUGAAGCGCAAGUUCAUCCAGAUGCGAAGACCCUUCCUGGAGCGCAGAGACCUCAUCAUCCAGCAUAUCCCAGGCUUCUGGGUCAAAGCAGUAUCCUUGUCAUCUAUAUUCAUGGGCUAG